GCAUACCACUCCCAAUGAGCUGGCAGAUACUACUUCUUCCUCUUUCCUUCUUGCCACACUUAAACACUGAAGAGAGUCUGUGUGAGCCCAUCUGCUGCCUGGAGCCUCUGCUUGUAAGGGAGUCAAAGUGCUAUGGAUCCUUUAGUUAAAAGCACAGUCAUCCUACUCAUCGUUUCUCUCUUUGACUGUUCUAAUGGGUAUCCAAAUGGACAAGUUCAAGGUUCCUGCUCUUCAAUGGUGCCCAGACAUGGUGUCAAUGCACAGACCUCUGCUGCCCCUUACACUCUGAGUCUUUCUAAAAGUACCUACUCUGCAGGACAAGAAAUUACAGUCACUCUUAGGGCGGAUAAUUCCCCGUUCAGAGGUUUCAUGAUCCAGGCUCACAGAAGCAAUUCCUUGAACCCAGUGGGCUCCUUCAAAGUCAAUGGAAAUGCACAGACCCUUGAUUGUACCUCUACUGCAAGUGCAGUCAGUCAUACAUCUGCCGAACCCAAACAAAGCAUACAGGUGACUUGGGUGGCUCCAGCAGACAGCAACUCAGACUUACAGCUCAAGGCAUCGGUGGUGCAAUCCCACCCCAUCUACUGGACUGACGUUACAAGCUCUAAGCUCACUUACUCUGGUACUAAUGCUACCUCUGGUACUAAUGGUACAACUACUGAAAACAGUGGAUUCCAACAAACUGCUCCUCCAUUAUUUGGCCUCAUUCUAAUGGUGACUGUUCUAUGGAUCUAAAUAGUCUCAGCAGCACUUUACAUGUGAAGAACACUGUGACCUGACACAGCCUAUGCACAAAUUGGAGCUUCCUAUAAAUAUUUUUUUUUAACUGUUCUUAUGCUAGGUCUGCUUUAUAGACUUGUUCUGAUGUAGGAUUCUAACAAAACGCUCAAGACUUAUUAGCUACAGUAUAACAUGUAAGGUAUCUGGUUUUUGGAUGGGCAAUAAAAAUUAUCAUACAUGAAA